AUGGCCUUUGCCGACGCCUAUCCAGGCGACUCGGACGCAGACGAUGAAUAUGAGCGGAGCGUUGUGAUUUCACCCCACCUUGCCGAGGACUCCGAAGCAUCUCCUACAGACUCUGAAGGUCCAUCGACAGAGAACACUCCUACAUAUGGGAAAGCUGAUGACCGUAUCUCGCCCAAGACCGUCAUAACCGAUUGGACUGCGGAGGAGUGUGCCAAAUUCGUGGGGAGCCUGGGCUUGCUGCAGUACCGUGAAGCGUUUCUGGAAAACGAGAUCGUUGGCGAGGCCCUCAUAGCUCUAAAGCACGACGAAUUGAAGGAACUGGGUAUAUCCAGUGUUGGACAUCGAUUGACAAUCCUAAAGAAUGUAUACGAAGCCAAAGUAAAGCAAGGUGUACCGAUAGACCCCGACCAUUAUGUCCCUCUAUCGGCGGAUAAGAGCAGCACGAAAGAUGCAGCCACCCAAGACGAUAUUGCUCUCCUCAUCCAAUCCAUCAGACGGCGAGACGAUAGACUUAUGGCAGCAGAAGCCGAGCUACGGAAACUCGCAGAUGACUACCGGAGGCUGCGUGAAGAACUACUACCGGUCUUCAAAGUCGCAAAGGAUAAAUCAGCACCCUUACCAUACCAACCCCCGUCCACUCUAUCAUAUGGUGGCUCCACCAUCGCAGCAUCUGAAUCAUACACCCACGACCCUGCUACUUCACCGUCAUUCCUCGGCCAAGAGAAGGCCGGCAGCGGCCUCACUCGAACAAUUUCUAGGAAACUCUUUGCCGGCGGCUCAACUCCCAAGACCAACUCUCCCACUCAUAUACCCCAGGCAAUACCAGAAGGACGAACGUUUGCAGACUCAUCCACCCUAGACCCUUCUGCAGCUGCCAUGGCAGCGUCUUCUCAUCUCACAGCAUCCAUGACUGGUGGCCAACCUUCUCCCAAAGGCAUGCCAUCCCCAACAUCUCCCAACAGCUUCUAUACCCAACAAACACUUGCAUCACGAUCAUAUACCCGCGACCCUCCACCCUCCACCAACACUCGCACAGCUUACGAUCACCCUGAGGAGACACAGGGCCAGCAAAGACAAGACCGAUCCGGCAACAAUCAGACCUCAAACUCCUCAAGUCGACAAGACCAUUCUUCUAUCUCAACUUCCAGGAAUGGAGGAUCAAGCGGCGGUGGGAAUCAAUCAUCCAACAAUGCACAAAACUCAUCAGACUCUGGCCCCAGUGUUGAAAUUUUCAAAUCCUUCCGUGUCUCAAUGGACGACCCUUGCUAUAAAGUUCUUCCUGCUGCUCUCAAGAAAUACAAUAUUCAUGAAGACUGGCGGCUAUAUGCUUUAUACAUCGUCUACGGUGACCAGGAACGAUGUCUAGCGCUCGAAGAGAAACCACUCAUUCUAUUUAAACAACUUGAUAAAGAUGGACGAAAACCAAUGUUUAUGCUUCGACGACAGGCGCAGAUGGUAGACGGGCAGGUCCCAGGUAUAUACACCAGUGGCGGAACUACAAUUGGCUUCCCUCCGAGCGGCAAUGCCUUCGACUCUGGCACAAAUAGCAAUACGGCCAUCAGUCUAGGCGGACUACCCUCGGGAGGCUCUGGCGGCCAAGCAAGCGCCAGUCUGAGGUCUCAACCUCCACAACAAAAUUCCAUACAAUUGCCCGGUGGAGUUCUAUAG